UUAUUCAUUCAAUUUAGUAUCCACUUGUUUUCUGUUAUGGCUGAAGCUAAUUCUAUAGAACAAGAGCCACAAGAUGACAGUGAGAUAACAACAGUCCAUGGGAAUGAAAAUAUUGAUCCUGAAAUGGUUGCCAAGUUAGAAGAGUUACGUGAUAGAGAUGUACCUGUUAGUAUAUUAGUGAUUGGUCCUACUGGUGUUGGUAAAUCGGAACUAGUCAAUGCUUUAUUUGGAAAAGAUGUAGCUGAAGUUGGACAUGGAUUAGAAUCUGUCACAUCUGAAGUAGCUACUUAUGAAGGAGAGUAUAAAGGGGUUAAGAUAAGAGUUUAUGAUACAGUUGGGUUUAGAGAUACUAAAGGCAAAAGUGACUACAGUAUUCUAUUGAAUAUUGAUAAACAUGGCCAGUAUGACCUAAUCCUCAUAUGUACUAAGUUAGGAGGUAGAGCUGAUCGUGCUAUGUUCUUACAACUGGCCUCCGUCUUGAAUAAAGAAAUGUGGAAGAGGACAGUUGUUGUAUUAACAUUUGCAAAUCAGUUCAGUACACUCGAGAGUGUAGUUGAUAAAAGCGAAAUAAUAAGACAAAAAGAUGGCCAUAAAGAGUGUGUUGUUGAUUUUCUUUCUGGUCGCAUUAACAAGGAAAUAUUGGAGAGGAUACCAUUCUGUCUAGCUGGGAUAGAAUAUGAAAAAGAAUUACCUACGACAGAAGACUGGGUUACAACACUGUGGAUUACAUGUAUUAAUCGUUGCAGUGAUGAAUCGCAUCCUUUAUUAUCAUUUUAUACAAGGAACUAUCACCUUAUAUUAGCUGUUGCUACAGGAGGUUUGGCUGGUGUUGUUACUGGUGGCCUAGCUGUUCCUUUUGUUGGUGGUAUAAUAGGAACUGGUGCUGGUGGAGUUGUUGGUACUAUUGCUGGGUUUGCUACAAAGAAGGUUUUAGAAAAUAACUAGUUUUAUUUUUGAGCUACAACAUGAAGUAUGUAAUAUUAUACUAACAAACUGAUACAAUUUAGUUAGUCUUGAUUGUACAUUUUCAUUAUUAUUAUUAAUAAUACAAGUUCAUGUACUUACUUAAUCUUCUCUCUUACAUAAUGAAUAGUAUAUCAUUUACUGUGAGUUGAUUGAUUAACUUGUUAUUGGUAUAUAU